ACAAUUCACCAGUUGGCUUUGUCCAAAAAUCACUGGAGCGUAGUUGUUUUAAUUUUUAGCUUCCUAAAAAUGAAGGCGUUCGUAGUACUGUCCAUGGCUCUAGCCCUCGCAUCUUGCGCGGCAGUUGACAAUUCCAGCAACAAGGAAAAACGAGGCCUCUGGGAACUGGGUUAUGGCCAUGACAAUCUGGAUCUGGACUUCGAACAUAAUCAUCACGAUCUGGAUUUCGAUCACCACAAGGAAGUGAAGCACCUUUCUACCACCAUCACCAAGAAAGUCCCAGUUCCAUAUCCAGUCGCGGUCGAGAAGCACGUCCCAGUAGAAGUGAAGGUGCCCUACCCGGUGCAUGUCGAGAAGGAGGUCCCAGUCUACGUCGAAAAGCAAGUGCCAGUGGUCGUGGAAAAGAAGGUCCCAUACCAUGUUGAUCGUCCAGUUCCCUACCCGGUUGAGGUUAAGGUUCCAGUUGUACACAAGGAAUACGUCAAAGUGCCCAAGCCGUUCGCAGUUCAUGUUGAGAAGCCCGUUCCAGUGAUCGUUGAGAAGCCAGUGUACGUUGAAAAGCAAGUUCCAGUGACCAUUCAUAUUAAGGAACAGCACAAGAACAAUCACUGGGGACUGUUCUAAGCGGUUAGUGAUUUGUUAGUUGUUAUGUUUUAAAGAGAAUGAUGUAUAAAUGAAAACGUUUUGUGCCAGUGAA